AUGGCUAGACCUCCAAACUCGUGGGUUUGGCAGCAUUAUCGCCAUAUGUCAACAACGGGAAACGUGCAGAACGUUCAGUGCAUGUUAUGUGAGAAGGUGUUCCGUUAUUCGUCCAGGAAUGGGCCAACAAAUCUGGCAAGACAUAUCAACAAGGCCCAUGAUAUUAUCCAAACAGGGGAGACUCCGGUUAGCCGCAGACCGUUUACCAUUCCGGAGGUUCCAAGGAACUCGGAUUCCACCACCCCAGGGAGUGUUAGUGCUUUGCCAGCAGGAGGAUUAUCCAACUCUUCUAACUCUAACGGUGGCAUACGGUUGAACCCGGAGUCGCAGUCGCCCACGUCCGGACUGGAGAUUGCUCUGAACCAAUCAGGAGACAUAUCCUCGUCUGCCUUUGGUAACCAUGGCUCCAUGCUGACCAACAACCGUCACACGAGUGUCAGAUCGGCUAUCGACUCUGCCAACGCCAGUGGAAACCACCACAUUCACCAGAACCAGCAGAAUUCGCAGCAGCAGUCGCAACAAUCGCAACAGUCACAACAGCAGCUGAAUGCGUCUGCCGGAUCCAUGGUGUCUGCUUUGAACUCGCUAGGGAACCACGAUUACGGUGAUCCAAAUUCUCGCCAAAUGAAUUUUGGUGGGCCACUCUAUAGAUUGCCCGUCAACCAAGCGCAUGACAGUCCUUUGCAAACUCAGGCCACACCGGCCCUGGCUGGCUCGGACGGUUCUGCCGGUACCAACCCUCAAAACUACCAACUGACUCUCCAAAGUCUGUCCAAGGCCCAGAGCAAUCUGACCAAUCGUGUGAUGAAUCUGGAGAGGUCCAUGGUGAGAAUCGAGCAGAGACUGCUGAGUUCGGUCAAUGCUGCUCGAGGCUCUGGAGUCGAUAUCCCUUAUGAAACCGUUCCGUUUUCCAACGGAUUACAGCCAAACGAAUACGAGGAUGAAGGUCAAAGAUUGCCAUUGCUAUUCAACAUCUAUGUCCUCUUUGAUUGCUCAAACACUGUGCUCGAUAUCUACACACACAACUACCGUCUGAACGUGAACCGGUCCAAUCGUCAUGAGAAGAUCUCCAAGAUUGGUCAGUUCAUAGGAUGUCACAGGGUGGACAAAUAUUUCACAGCCCAUCGUGUGAUAUCUACCAGAGCUGGUAGAACCGAUCUCAACCACGAGUGA